AUGCGAACGCUAUGGGCAAAAGUCGCUGCGGCGGAGAAGUCUACCUCGGCGUCAGAAUCAGGUAUACACGAUGGUGACGGCGGCGCCAGUCCGACCAGACAGUCCUCCGAACAUCCUCUGUCAAGCGAGGCACUGGACCCCGAGAAGCGGACGGUGCCAGGCGACACGAAAGCCAAAAAUUAUAGUGAUGGGUCUGUCCAUUCACGCUGCAACCUAGCAGCCGUCGCACCGAUACAAGACGGCUCCGCCGCCGCCGCCAGCACCACCGCUACAGCAGGAGCAAACGCAGAUGAGAAGCACCCUGCCGAAACACACAAUGAGGAUCUGAUCCGCAGAGCUUCGAUGUCAGCCUCCUCAGCAGGCGAGCCCGGCGAAGAUGACGAGUCUAAAUACGUAACCGGCCUGCCUCUCCACCUCCUCACUUUCGGACUCACGCUCUCAACGUUCGUCAUUGCACUGGACAAUACCAUCAUAGCGACCGCAAUCCCGCGCAUCACCACGGUCUUCAACUCCUUAGACGAUGUAGGCUGGUACGGCUCGUCAUACCUCCUGACGACCACUUCCCUGCAGCCCAGCUUCGGAAAGAUCUACACGUACUUCAACGUCAAGUGGACGUAUAUGAUCGCGCUGGUCAUCUUCGAGCUCGGCUCCGUGCUCUGUGCCGCGGCCGUGAACUCCACGAUGCUGAUCGUCGGGCGCGCUGUGGCCGGCGUCGGUGCUGCCGCAAUGUUUUCCGGCGGGAUGACAAUCGUGGGAUAUUCAGUCCCGCUACGUAAAAGGCCCAUAUACAUUGGGCUAUUGAGUUCGAUGUUUGGGGUUGCGAGCGUGGUAGGCCCGAUUUUGGGAGGAGCAUUGACUGAUCGUGUUUCUUGGCGAUGGUGUUUUUACAUCAACUUGCCGAUCGGAGCCGUUGCGAUCACGGCCGUUUUCUUCUUCUUCAAGAACCCGGUCCGGGGACACAGCAAUUUGACGACGAAGCAGAAGAUUGGGCAGAUAGACUUGCUAGGGGCUUUCUUUCUCAUUUGCGCCAUUGUUUGCCUGCUGCUGGCUUUGCAAUGGGGCGGAACCACGUACCCGUGGUCGAAUGCUAGGGUCUGGGGCUGUCUUUUGGGAUUCGGCCUGUUGAUCAUUACAUUCACGGGAAUUCAGUUCUGGAAGGGCGACAUGGCGACCCUUCCUCCUCGAAUCCUCCUGCGACAGCGCACCGUGUUCGUGUGUGCAUUCUUCUCGGCUUUCUUGGCUAUGGCGCUCUACACUCACAUUUACUAUCUGCCCUUCUACUUCCAGGCAGUCAAGGGCACCACGGCGGAACAAUCAGGCAUACGAACGAUCCCAUACCUCGUCAGCAUCACCAUUUCGUCAAUCGUUGUCGGAGGGAGCAUCACUACCUUAGGUCCAUACGUCCCCUUCACGUGGGUGGGAUCGGCGAUUUUCGCAGUUGGCUCCGGCUUGCUCUACAGCCUGAAGGUCCACUCAUCGGCUGGUAGCUGGAUCGGGUAUCAGAUCCUGGCGGGUGUGGGCGCCGGCGCGUGCGUUCAAAUCCCCUUCAUCGCAGUACAAGUCGUACUCCCCAAGAAAGACAUGCCUGUCGGCAACGCUGUGGCGAUCUUCUUCAACUCCCUUGGAGGUGCCAUCUCCAUAUCCAUCGCGCAGAACAUCUUCUCAAACACCCUGAUCAAGGAGAUUCCCAGGUACACGAGUGGCGUGAACCCAUGGACGAUCGUCAUGGCCGGGGCGACGCACAUCAGGGAGGUCACGCCGCCGGCGCAAUUGCAGGGCGUGUUGUACGCCUACAAUAUCGCGGUGACGCACUCGUACAUCCUGUCAAUUGCCUGCUCGAGUAUUGCAUUUCUUUUCUCAUUAGGUUUCGAGUGGAAAAGCGUCAAGGGAAAGAAGCUUGAAAUGGGUGGGGCUGGGUAG